AUGUUGCACCACGCGGUGCGGCUGCGGCUUCUCGCCCAGCGGCUGAGUGCUGCUGGCGUCAUGUCGGCUGCAAACUGUGGGAUGGGGAUGCACGCCCUGCGGCAGCUGGACGCGCUUAACGUGCGUGACCGCGAACUUUUGAGGCGUCUAGACGAGGUGUACCUGCAGACGGAUAUUCGUUCUCGGGCCAACAUCUUCCAUUGCUUGGCGUGCUGCGUUCGUGAACAGGAAUCCGUUCGCGAAAGCCUUUCUGCAGCGUUAGUUCUGAUUCUAUCAAAGAUGCAGGAGAGCCUGCUCGCCGACGUGGAUGAUCUUUCCCCCACCGAAUGUAUACUUGUGAUGGAGGGCUUAGUGAAGGUGACGCCGUACCGCUGUGUGAAGCCGCAUUUGGCGGCAAUUCUUCGAAGUCGCUCGACGACGCUCGUUGAUGUGGUGAGUAGCCCAGUGGAGCUCAUCGGAAUAGCGCGUAUUGUUGUCGAGGCGAUGCAGGAGGCAGAGCCCUUCAGGGAAGGUGAGAGCAGUAGCGGUGACGGUGCCGGUGGGGGCGUCGAGCACGACGACUACCGAACGCGUCUCGGGUGGUCGCAGGAGCUGCAUGUGAUCUGCCAGACAAUGGAGUCCCGGUUGGACUCCUUCAGCAAGCAGGACCUCCUCACGUUGCUGGAUGCCGUCACACUCCGCGUUACUCCACUCACAAGGACAUCUAUGGAGGGAGACGGUGAAUGGCGGCAGGGGCGGCGGUACUCGUCGGAUGACCGGGGAUUGCGCGACGUGCCUGACGAGUGCCGCCCGCUGGUGUUGCGUGUGCUUAGCCGUGUGAGGCAGCUCGCCACAGCGCUAUCGCCUUCGCAGGUAAGUGCGUGGCUACUGCGCGUCGUGUCUUUGCGCAUGCAGCACCACCCGGUUUUUACAAGCCUCCUUCAGCGGCUAGAUGAGGAACAGGUGCGCUCCGCCAUGUCGCUCUCGCAACUCUCGAAGAGCGUCGAGUCUCUUGGUGUGGCGCUUCGUUGGGGCCGCGAGGACGACAAUAUGAGCCGUACAGACCAGGAGUUUGCCGCACGCGUAGCGGUAAAGCUGCUGGAGACGUUGGUGUCGGCACUGGAGCAGGGUGAUGGAUCGCGCAACGACUGCUCGGCUUAUCUGUUGCCUGUGCUGAUGUCGCUCUCGGAGGAUGUUGCGACGGGGAAGCUGGCGGUGCCGCGCCCUCUGAUGGUGCGCCUCUUCCGCAUCGCGUACAAUCACUUCGAUGUGCUGACGCCGCGGGAGCGGGCAGAGGUCGUGACCACCGUGUUCCUCUGGGGUGUCCUGAAGAGUCCUCCCGGGCAGCGGCAGCCGCAUCGACAAUCGCAGUGUCAUGAGGGCGUCCGAAACGACGCAGCGACUUCGCUGGCAGCGUGGUGCGACGCCAUCAUGACGCACGCCGACUCUUACAACGCAUUGGACACACUGCAGAUCAUCAACGAGGUCUCGGCAGCGGUGUACACGGAGUCGGCGACUGGUAACGCUUACGAUGCAUCCACAGUACAGCCGAUGCUGCUACAGCUGCACGGUCGAGUGCAGGGGAUGCAGAGCGUGCUCUACGAUGUUCCGUCAAGCUUUCUCGCGCGCUACCUCUCUUCCAUGUCGAAGUUGAACGUCCGCCGUAAGACGGACUACUACGGGGUGCUAAAUAUCAUUCAUAAACGCGAAUUAACCAACUUCGAGCAUCUCCGCGUCCUCGGUGUUGUGGCGCGCCACCACCUGCGCGCCGUGCCCUUCCUUUCCAGCACAUUGAACCACAUUCCCCAGAUGGCUGCUUCACUGCACCCGAAACAAAAGUGCUUGCUGUUGAAGAAUCUUGGCCAGGCGAGGGCACAGCGCUUUGUGCGGGCGCCGCACCACUCGUCGCUCGCCCUUGGCACAUUCCUCACGCGCGAUGAAGUGGUGGAGCUGCCGCUGCUCAGUGCCGUAUUUGCCUUUGUCGGCCUCGUUGAGCUGCGGCAGUUCGAGAAUGAGACCCUCGACUGCCUCCUCCGCGGACCGCUUUCGGAGACCACCGGCUACACAGAGAUACGCUCCGCCACCACACUGUGCGAGCUGAUUGCGGCGCUGUCCCGCGUCGGUCGGCGUCGCGUGCCCUCGCCUAUCCCGCAAGUGGUUCUCGAAGUGGCCACAAACCGACUGGCGACGUCGCGGAGUUUCUUUGUCGACAUGGCGGAGAUUUCCUUCUGGCUGCUGCUGGUGAAGGAGUGGCCCACGCUAGGCGGUGUCGCACUAGAAGAGCCGACGACAGGGGCGUAUAUGGAUGCGGUGAAAAAAUUUGAAUCUGCGGCUGCCGCAAUAGCCACCACGCGACUCCUGGACAUUGCGGGUUCCAGGAAUCUGCAGCUUAACACCUUUCUCUUUAAUCAGAUGGCAAUUGGCUACCGGCUCGGCGUGACACUCCCGGAGAACAGCCAGGCGCGACUAUCGCAAUACCUCGACACAAAGCAUCUGCCGCAGCUCCUCAGUAGCCCACGGCAAGUAGUGAACGCGGUAACAACCGCACUUCACAUCUGCUCUUUUAAUCCAGAUGCUGCCACCGAAGUGUUUCGCUUCGCCGUUAAGAAUUUUGGCUCGUUGGGCGUGCAAGAGGCGCUGGUGCUCGGCGUAGACGUGGCGGCCUCCCGGUGCCGGUCUGACGCCAUCCCACCGCAUUGCGCGGGGCUCCUGCAUAAGUUAGAGGUGUUGGCGCGGCAGAAUGUGAACAAUACACAUCGGAGGAAAAAGUUAAGCGUCGAGGAGAUAGCGCUUGGUGUCCGCUACGGUAUUGCAGAAAGUGUCGGGCUUACUUCACAUCAACAAGGGUGA